CAGAGUACACGCUCACUGGAGAGGGGCUGGGCCUCUCCAGGCAGGAAUUGGAGGCAGAGGCUUCUCUGCUAACUUGCUGGGAGAACAGAACAUUGGGAAUGCCUUUCAGUGCCCCAGUUCCUGGACUGCCUCACAGAAGCCAGAAGGCUUGGGGUAAUCCGACCACCUCACUGCCUCACCCCUGCAGGAGUCUGGAUGCAGGCCAAGUACAGCAGCACAAGGGACAUGCUGGAUGACGAUAAGGACACCACCAUAAGCCUGUCUUCUCGAGCCUCUACUACAACUCGGCGGCCAGAGCCCCAGCAUGCAGACCACCGGGCUCCUUCUCCAGCGUGGCGUCCAGUGGGCCUGACCCUGCUGCCCGUGUGCGUGGCGCUGCUGAUCGGCCUGAUAGCCCUGGGGCUCCUGUUUUUUCAGUCCUACCAGCUCUCCAAUACUCAACAAGACAGCAUCUCUCAAAAGGAAGAAAGAUUGGGGAAUCUCUCCAGAGAGCUGCAAUCUCUCCAAACACAGAACAGGAAGCUUGCAGAAACUCUGCAGCGUGUGGCUGAAAAACUCUGUCGUGAACUCUAUAACAAAACUGGAGAUCACAGGUGCAGCCCUUGCCCAGAAAAAUGGAAGUGGCAUGGGAACAAAUGUUACCAAUUCUAUAAAGAGAGCAAAAGCUGGCAGGGUUGUGAAUAUUUCUGCAUUGCUGAGAACUCUACGAUGCUGAAGAUAAACACACAAGAAGUGCUGGAGUUUGCCAUGCCUGAGAGCUACUCUGAGUUUUUCUACUCUUAUUGGACAGGGCUCUCCCGCAACCGCAGUAGCAUGGUCUGGCUGUGGAUGGAUGGAGCCCCUUACUCCUCUGAACUCUUUGAGGUUGUGAUAGACUUCAGCAGUCUACGGAGCAGGGACUGUGUGACCAUCUUCAAUGGGAAGGCUUUCUCCAAGGACUGCAGAGAGCUGAGGCGGUGUGCAUGUGAACGGGUGGCCGCCAUGGUGAGCCCCGAGUGGUUCCAUUAGCGCCCUUCAGCCAACACGUGGAGGCGAUCAAAGCCACGACUACCAACCAGAGGGUUGAACCAAGGAACGAAGGGGUUGAACAAGAGGUACUUGAGACACUGGGAAGUGGAAAACAAACAGUAAAGGAGAUCUCUCUACCUAGGGUUGGUUGUCUCGUUUCCUGUUGGGGAUUACCAACCCUGUGAACUUGGGUUCAUGCUUAUAUUUACCAGUCAUGAAGUUCUACUUCUGUACCUCCAAACAGCCUCCCAAACCCAUAAAGUUGCAAUAUACUCUCAUGACUUAGAGCUAACUUUCUAUUUUUCUUCUUUCUCAACAUCUAAAUGAUCUCCCUGUUUCCAUGUCUUCCUUAACAUAAGGAGAAAUGAGAAACUUCCUAAAGUAAAGGAAACAAAUGUGAAGUAAUGUUUUUUGCCCCAAGAGUCAAAUAGGCCAUGAGAAAUUAGCAGUUAUUCUUCAUUCUGUGUUAUCAAAUACACAACUAAGUCUUUUGUUGGUUUGUUUCAGUCCAUACUUUUCCCUUCACAUUCUCUCAUAAGGCCCCAUCUGCUAUACCGAUGGCUUGCUUCCUGGCUGGGAUAUCUCUUUUUAUUAGACUCUUAACUUCUUACAAACAUACCUUCCCGUGUCCAGUUAAGACUCCAAUAAUUGUCUCCUUUCUCUAGGAAGUUACCCCAGGAAAUAAAUAUUCUCAGUUGGGUUCCAUAUCAGAAAAACGGUUUCCCAUGCUCCCUUCAGAGAGAUCAAAGACUAGAAUAAAAGGCAAUCGGUUAUGUGCACCUGCAAUAGUUUGGUUUCAGGUUCCUCUUUUCUUCCAUUUGAUCCAUGUUUAUGCCUUUCAGGUACUGAAUAUUUAAUAAUAAUAAAUGUAUACAAUGCAAAGUGUGUGUGAUUUGAGGAUGGUUUGCGAUUUGGUGGAAAAUCAGCGUGGGAAUUGUCUUCAACAUGCGGUAGCAAUUAGUGUUUUGCUUCUUUGUAUCUUACCGAGGGUUUGUGGGGACUCUACAAGGGUAUUGAUUUAUCUGAUUGUUUUGAGAAAAUUGAGCUGCAAUAGGGAAAAUUACUUCCAAUCAGUCUCAUGGAUCAUGAAAGAGAGAGUUUGACAUCUGAAUAGCCAGCUUUUUGACUCAGGCACUUUUUCCUCAAGAAGACGAUAUGCACAAAUGAGGCAGGAUAGAAUAGGCAUCACGGCUGAGGUCCCUGGUCUUCUGUUCAGCUUUGAAAGAGUUAACGCAGAUCUGCAAGCUUCAACUGCAGGCUUCAUGGAGCCAAAAUUUCCCCUAAAACCCUGAAGCCUCCCUAAACCAUAAAGCUUGUAAAAUCACAGGACCAAAGCAAACUUUAGUUUAUGACAGAAAGCAUGGGGUCAUAAAGGUUGUAAAACAUCUGCCAUAAACAAAUUUUGGGUUCAUGACGGCAGGCCACAAGUUCUGAUAGCCAUCUCUUUCUCGAACAAGGAAGAUACCUAGUUAAUACAAACCAUGGUUAAUACAGACCUUGUAAGCCCCCAGUGUUUAAAGGUUACUAUGGAAACUUGCCACCCCCAAAACUUCCCUUUAUAAUAAGCCAACCCACUCUCACUUGGGGCCUGCUUCUCCCUUGAACAUGCCCACUUUACCUCUUUAACAUGUAUCUUUCUCUUUUUCUUUAAUUCACUUUGUUACCUAUUCUUACUGGCCUCUCUCAUCUGUGACUCUCUGCGAGAGUCCUGAACCUGGAACGGGGUUCUGCCUGGCACUGCUGCCAGCUGGGCACCUGUUACACAAACAUGAUGGGUCAUGGCAAAUGGCACUAUCACAACCACUGUGCUCACUGAUUUAUAGAUAAAUCUAUUUUAAGGAUUUAGCACUUGAAAGGAUCAUCUAUCACAAAUCUUUAUUUUUCAGCAGUGGAAAUUGGGGAGCUUCUGGUUUAUUUUCAGUAAACAUCUAUCUCAUCAUGAAUAUCUGUCUCAUCAAGCACAAAUAUGAUAAAGAGAAUAAUUUUGUGUUCAUUUUCAUAAGCCUGGAUCAUGUUCCAAUAACUACUUGCAGAGUUCUCCCUUGAGAUCUUUUCUUUCAGUUUUCUAUUGAUUAGCUCAGACAUUUCUUAGUGUUGAACAAAUCUUUCAUUGAUUUGCUAUACAGUGCAAAGAGAACUGCAUUUGUGGUCAGAAAAUGAGGAUUUUAAACCUUUAAUUCUGAUUUAUUUACUGGGCAAAUCAUUUCACUUCACUGAGCUCAUUUCAUUUAGCAUAAAGUAGAAAUGUUUAUAAUUUCUUCAAAGUGUUACUGUUAGCUGAAAUAAGGUAAAUGUAAAAUUAUUUUCAUAUAUUUUAAUGCAAUAUAAAAUGUAAGGGAUAUUAAGAUAGUGAUUUAUUUUUAAAUGUACAGGAGCACAGACAUGCAUAAACCACUUUCUAUAGAGACCUGUGCUCGAAGCAAAUUGUGGCGUGGCACCUGUGUUAGAGAACUGUGGAUAUUACCAGAUAUUUUCUAUAAUGAAUGCAGCUAUUCAAUGAAUGUGGUUAAUAUAAUAGGCAUGUAGCAAGAAAACAGAAUUAAGCCUUUUAUUAAAAAUUUAGUGUUAUUUAAGCCUCACUGCAUGCAGAAAGAAAAUAUGGCUAAUAUGGGAAAGUGAAAUGGCUUGGGGAUUAGUCUGUAAAACAGGAAUAUAACACUCAUGUAAGUUUGGCCCCUGGAAUGCUGUGUAACUGCAGGCUAGUUCAGGGAUGGAUGACAGUGUCCCUUUAAAUGCUAACCACUUUGAAGAACCCAGCUGCCUGGAGAGUGACUGCUGUGUUGUAUUCUCUCUUAAAAUCUAGGACCUAAGGGAAAGUGUCACUUUAAAUGGUGAAGAAGGAAAAAAAAAAAAUAGCAUUUAUUUGACAUAUUUGUCAUUCUUGAGCUUAUUCCUCCCCAUCUUUGCCUCCAGUUUCCUCGUCUGAAAUCACAGUAAUUAUCACCAAAAGCAAAUAUUUCAAGAGAACAGAAAAGGAGUAUCUCGUCACAAACAUUUUAUUAUUGUUAUUAUAAGAAUAGAAAAUAAUCAUAAAAUGAACUUGGAAAUAGGAUCUGUUUAGAGCAGUUCUCAGUUGAGAGUCAGGGCAGCACCACAUGAAUUAGUUUUAUAGGAUGGGAAGAGUUUUUCUUUUCUUCUAGGCUUAUGUGUGUAGUAGGUAAUUCUGAAGAAAUGGCAGGAAAAGUCAGUUGAGGAGCUCGGCCUUUCCUGGUAGAGCCGAGUUCCCCAGGGCAUGCAAUGAGCUAUUUCUUUUCCUGAGGAUAUUGAACCAACUCUAAGGACUUAUCGUCAGGAAACAGAUCAUGAGCCCUGUAAUAGCAGGAAGUGUGAGAAGCAUGAUUGGGAGUUUUUACUUUGGGAAUAUGAGCAGAUUAUGAACUAAGGACAAGAAUCAAGUUGGUUGUUCGAGGGCCAACCUUGAUGUUUGGGAGUCAAAUGCUCUAUAGAGGAAUUCUUAAAGUUUUGGUAGACUACAAAAGGAAUGCAAUAUGACUUAAAGUGUACUUGACUUCUUUUCACAAAGUUCAUAGAUGAAUAGAUUUUUAGAAUCUGAAAAUAUUAAUUAGUAAUCUCUCAUUAUUAUUCUAACAUUUUUUUCUUUUACACAUUUAAAGUACUUUAAGCAUAUCAUGUAAUGAAACUUACCACUACCUUGAAAAAGCUUUGGUAUGCAGGGCCAAAAGCAAUAUGCAGAGAAAAAUCUCCCACCCAUCACAUCUGUUUGAAAAGCAGUAUUUCCACUGAGGAAAUUUGGAGCUUAAGCCAGCUGGGCUGUAGAUAAAAUUCUGACUUGUAAAUACUGCAUCAUAUACUGAUGGGCAUGACAUCAGCUGAAGGAUGUUUGCCUUGCGCUUCAUUGUGCUUUUACUAAGAAGAAUUAUAAAUGCUUCCUAUCCUUCUUCUAAACAUAGCUCCAUGACAAUACUUUGAAGAAUCUUGAAGGCAAACACUCUUUACUACUGAAAUGGCUAUUGUUUCUCAUCUAUUCCAGGUUAUUGUGUUCAACUGCCAGCUGCCAGCUGUGAGAACCAAGCACAGCAGACACUUUAUACUGUUUUCUUUGCUAUUCUCCUUUUACAGGUUCAGCAAAAACUGGACUAAGUCCCUUUUCUUGUAGCACCCACCAUUUAUACUGCAGGUGAAGAUUAAAUAAAAAGCAGACAAACACACACAAAAACCAUGUUUUUCUGGUCCUUAAUGGGCCCUCCCAGAGGUAGAUGCCCUUUAAAACAGACUUCUAUGUUUAUUUGAAAGAUUCCCACCAUCUUUGUGAAUUAGGUUUUAUUUUACUUUAUUUAUUUAAGUGGUGACAUUAUUGCAAGGAGGGAAAAUGAGGAUCUAAUGUGUCUCAGUUACUUCCUGUGUGAAAUAGGGAUUAAAUAAAAUUAUGUUGAAUUUAGCAACUGCUUGUUGAGGCCCUACUCUGUGGGAAGAAGUCAUUCUCGGGAUGUUAAGUGUUAGAAAAGUGAUAUAAUAGUGGUGAUAUCUUCCUUCCUAAACAUCAUAAGGUCCUUUUUAUACCCUACCUCUUGGGAACAAGAGAGUAUAUGCUUUAAGGAACCCACAGGUGUAGGGGAGAAAUUGUCUGUAAUAUUAUAGAUUUAUUUAAAGAGGAUUCUUUGACUUCAAAACAGAUAUUCUCUCCCGAGAGUUGCUAAAAUUUUACACUCAAACGUAUCUUCUCAAUAUUCCAGUAACAUGAAUAGGAAAAGGGGUCAUUUUUACCUGUAAUAUAUAAAUAAGAUUGAUACCUAGAGAAGAUUGGUGAUUUUGUCCAGCAAAAACAGCAAGCACUGAUACAGUGCUCAUACUGUGCAAGACUCUACUCUCAGCAACUUUCAUACAUUAACUGACUUAAUUCUCAGCAAUAUUUUAAGGUAAGUCCUAUUUUUAUUUUACAGUGAGGAAAUUGAGACACAGGGAGAUUUAACCUGCCAAAUUCACGUUGUACGUAGCUCAGAUUUGAACCCAUACUACUGGUUUCAGAGUCUGUACUUAAAUUACUACCACAACGAUCACACAAGGAAUGAGGAAAAGAAUCAAUAUUAGGUUAGUUUUCCAAAACAGACUUUCUAGUAGCUUUCAAGCAGUGGUUAGGGUCACAUGCGAAGCCUCUUCAGGGCCAGUUGCUGGGCCCAGAUCCUCCACCUCUUUUGGACCUAAGAAAUUUCACUUUUCUAUGAUUUACCUAAUGGGCUUAAGAGGAAGCUUCAUUUAAAAAAAAAUUCACAUUUUAUUUAGAUUGAAAUAAAUUGUACAAAAUUGAUUUUCUUUGCCAAAAAUAACAGCAACAUUUUCUGUAUUAUUCCUAGAUAAAUGACAGAACACUAAUUUUUGUAGGCUUUCCAGGUUCUGCUUAUCAAUCAAUAUGAGGCAAUAGAUAUAGUCAUGGAAAUAGACAGGAGAAAACAGACAAAUCACUGUCAGUAUCCAUGACCUCUGAUUCUGUCUUGACCAUGAAACAUAAAUGUUCAACACAUACCUGCUAAAUAGCUUAUGAAAACAUAGGCUCAAUAAAGGAAUGUAAACAGCAACAACCAGAUAUGGAAAAAGGCAUUCAAAUUUUAACUGUAACUUGUUCCCUUAGGUUCGUUUGAUAGGAUAAAAUCUACACUGAAACCCUUGCUUGGCAAGCUCAGUUUCUCUCACUCUCUGGUAAUUGCCUUAACUGUCCAAUACAAAUUUUUAACAACAUACUUAAAAAGUCCUUCCAGUUAAAGGUCAAUAGUGAAACUCUGUAACAUUUUGCAAAAUGCAUUCCUUCUUUCCACACCUUCUCAAAAUUUAUUUCUUCAAAGUACUGAUAACUGGACUGAUAAUCUGACAAUUGGAUCCACAGUGAUGAUUAAUGUUACAUCUAAAAUGACUUAACUAAAAUAAUUCCCGAGUGCCACUAACAGAGAUCAUGCAAAAAUGAAACAUGGCACUUUCAAUGCUAUCUUCUGGAAUACUAGAUGGGUCUUCAAAGCAUGCGAGUUCAAGAGGCCCUUCAAAUUGGUAGAUUAUUAAUGACAAAUUAUUCAAUGGGAUACCUAUAGGCAAAGAUUAAGGAAGCUUCAUUUUGUUGAAAAUAUUCAAAGAAUACUUUUAAAUUUUAUAAACCUUUGAUCUGAGCCUGUUAAUUAACCUUACUUGUGUCUAAGAAACUCCUGCUAUGCUUCUUAAAAGUUUAGUUUCCUGGUUUUUAUUCCAGAAGAUUCUGGAAUGGAGCCCACAAGCUGCAUGUUCUAACAUGAAUUUUAAAUGGACUCUGAUUUCAAGAAAACCUGAGAAAGAAAAGUUAGGAACUGAUAUGGACUUCUGGAAAGAAAAAUUCUUUGCUAUGUUUAUUCAAUGUGUCUUUACAUCUCUUUGCCACGAAAUGAUUGUAAUUAGCAUAAUCAUGAUCAUUAGGAUUGCCAUUCCAAAAUGAUUCUCCCAACAAGGAGGUAGCUGGUUCUACCUUCAAACAAGCCUUUCCAGAUCCUUCAAAUUUCUUCUUCCUCUGGAAUAAAAUAAAUGUGGAGAACUAUAUGAUAGACUUUUUAUCCCUCUCUUUGGGUAAAGGCUAAUAUAUAACCGUAUCAGGGACUUCAGAAUAACAGGCUUCUCCACACUCUAUCUACAAAGGAAUGUUUUGCUGUUGAACAAACUCUGUGAAAUCAGUUGGGCUUUAAUUCUCUUAGUGCUGGAUUAACCAGGGGUGAAGUAGCUUUUCAUUUCAGUUCAUCUGUUGGAUAUAUCUAAUAACCAGAGUUCCCCCUAAGUUUGUCUCUUAGGCUUAAUUUUCUUGCAGUGAGCAGGAACUGUACACAUCAUUUAAUGAAUUAAAUUAACUGUUACUAGUUGUAUUUCAUCACAGCAAUAAACUCUUGCACUGA